ACACUCCCCGUUCUCAGGGGCAGGCGGUACGACAGGAAGGCACAUUCUGUGUGACGAGAGACGGCGACGACAACAUAAUCUGUAGCUAUCAUUCAAAGGGAAAUGUUUAAUUUAAAGGAGACACAGUCUGAGGAAUACUAAUUAGAUGAGAUUAGGGUAUUAGUCAUGGUCCUGGAGAUAUGGCCUUGCGUGUUCGAAGAAAUCUGUUUAAUGCCUCUAUAGCUGGUGUAUUAUACCCAUAUUUGAAAUCAAUGUCAGUCAAGGAAAAUAGUCUGCAUGAAUGAAAUGGCAUUAAUUUAAUAGAAAACAUUAGAUUGAUUGUGAUCUCUAAAUUAUGAUUGAAGCGGUGGAAUGUGAUAAUGAUGAUGACAACGUGUGGAAUGCAUCAGCGGUUAUUCUGGACAUUGACCCAGAUUCCUGGGCAGACCGCUCACCCCUCCACGAUGCUGCAAGUCAGGGCCGCCUCCUGGCCCUGAAGACCCUCAUCAUACAGGGUCACAGUGUGAAUGUCCUGACGAUAGACCACGUGUCGCCCCUUCAUGAAGCCUGUCUUGGGAACCACGUCUCUUGUGCCAGAGCUCUCAUCGAUGCAGGAGCAAAUAAAAUGUGUUCGCAGGUCAACGCCUUGACAAUUGAUGGAGUCACCCCUCUGUUCAACGCCUGUACAGUGGGCAGCGUGGCAUGCGCAGAAAUUCUUUUGGAAAAUGGAGCAAAACCCCAAAGUCUGGUGUACCACCCCUCCCCCAUCCAUGAAGCCACAAGCAAAGGUCAUUAUGGUUGUGUGGAGGCUCUGGUGACUUGGGGGGCAGAUGUGGACAUGGACAUUCCUCACCUGGGCACGGCGCUCUAUAUGGCCUGCGUCUGCCAGGAGCUGGAGUGUGCCAGGAAACUCCUGAGGGAAGGUGCCAAUGUACAGAAAGGCAAAUCCCUGGAUUCACCGCUACAUGCAGCUGCAGAGAAAGACUUCACAGCGGCGGUGAAGCUGCUGCUGGACUUUGGUGCCGACAUUAACGCCAGGAAUAUAGAGUUUCAGAGACCGGUGGACAUGGCUCCACCCAGCAGCAUAACGGAGGGUUUCCUUCUCGUCUAUGAAGCUACACCACGACUCCUGAGCCAACUGUGUCGUCAGUGCAUCAGGAACUGCGUCGGCCGAGACAGACUCCACCUUCUCUCCCACCUGCCUCUGCCCAACAGGCUCAGGAACUACCUGCAGUACAAGUGAAAGGCAGAACAAACAAAAUGUCUGCCCUUAAUGGGACUUAUGAAAAAUGCAUUUCGAAACAAUCUGCACAUCAACUCCAUGAACUCCUCUGGCCUUUAAUUUUAGCUGCUACUCAAUGUGGUAUGAACAUUUUAUUGAAAUUAGUUAGGAGCUGCCACUGAGUGCCUGACAGUUGUGUUGAACUAGUCCCCAUGUGUGUAUGUUUGGACCUGGAUGAAUGUGACGCAGGAUAUUGUUAAAAUAGGCCUUCAGUCUCAGCCUUUCCCCAUUAUGAUUAAAACAUAUUUGAAUAGUUUUAUUUGCUUUUCAGAUUUGUAGUGUUUACAAAAUGUAUUAAAAGACUGGAGCACUUUGAAAACUUUGCAUACGAUUAUAAUGUGACAAAAUAUCUAUAUAUAAUGUGUAUAUAUGAAUGAGUACUCUUGUAGUUUUGCAUUGCACACCUUUAGAUAAUUAAAAUAGUUUUGACACUUGGUGCAUUUUCCAAAGUGUGGGCUGUGUUUCUGAAGUUUAAUAUUAGAUGUGCCGUAGGACUAUUACUGAUUCAAAAAUACAAAAACAAAAUAGUUUAGUUUAAGCUUGGAUUAUUAGAUAGCG